GCUUAUAGGCAUGACUAAGUUAGAAACCCUCUGUUUUAGUUAUGCCCGACAACAGAAGAGCACCUUCGCAGGGCUUGCAUGGAACCAUAGGGCUCCAAAGGCGAAUGGCCUUGAGCUAUUACAUUGGAGAAUAGGACUUUAUUCUUACGAAAAUAAAUAUUUUUGAAAAUGUUAUCUCUGGAAAAAGCUGGUCAUCCCCGACAUGACAAGCAUGACUGCUAGCUAGGCUAGAGAACAGGAUUAGAUUGUAUCUCACAGUGCUAAGCAUCGAGAAUGAAGUUUCAAUGACCGCCAACUUUCAUCAAUAGAAAAUUUUACAAGAACAACUUACUUCAGACAAUAAAAUGUAGCGAAAAACAGUGACAACUUAAUGGCUGAGCGGAUGACAACUGAAAUUAAGCUAAAUAUACUAUUCCAAAAGCUACAUCAAUCGAAGCUAAGUGUCAAGUAGAGUCACAUGACAAUCACAUGACAAUCACAUGACACAUAUUGAUGAAUUAAUUGCUUUGAUAUUUAUCACGACCUUAUUGCCGAGUAAUGUUAGUUUUUGUGUAAAUGCUUGAAUGUUAUGUAUAUAUUUCACUUCUAAACACAUUGUCUCUUCUUUGUGUUGUUGGUGUUUGUCAACAGAUUUAGAGUUUAUUAGACAAAAAUAAAAUGAGUUGAAAUGUGUUCUUUUCGAACUAUGAAAGCCCAGAAUGUAUCAUUCUUUAAUUUCUUACUAACACGAACCGUCUAAUUGGUAUUUCACAGGUGUUGAGUCCAUGUAAAUAGUGAGGUUGUUCAUCAAAACAUUUGUAUCGUACAAAAUUUGUUACAUUUUGAAUGGAGAAAAAUAGAGCUUUAUUCAGUGUUUUGACAGAAGUCUCUGAUCGUCCAUUCUCAGCUACUAAUAUGCAACAAAGGUCCGUAAAUUUAUUAACACUGUAACACGAUAUACUUGAUCAUAAAUACGAUGCUUCUGUAUAACCUUCAGAAUCUUUGAGAAGUUUUUAAACAAAUAUUCCUAGAAGGGGCGUUUUCCCAACUCUCCGGGAGCCAGAAGGACAUGACCCCCGUUUCUUGAAUCACCCUUGGGCCAAAGAUGGCUCUCGAGAGCUUUGCUGAUUCAGCAAUUUUAAAGUUCAAGCUGUUGUUCAAAGUAGAAAUCUGAGCAUUUCCGGUCCAGUAUUCUUUUCCGCUUAUUGGUUCCUACGAUCUGCACGGCCCGAGAAACAGCAAGCAGAGCCAGGAAACCUUCGAAAAGAGUAAUUCUGCUAAGAAAAGUCGGGGUUUGAUCAAGAGGAAGGUGCACAAUAACGAACACCAGAGAAAAGAGUGGGAAUUAUCGGACCUGGCUUCACUGUCAGUGCAACGAGACGAUUCAGCCGGCAUUGGAUGUAGGAAUAAACAAAGCAUAUAUCCACUAAGAAGCAGUCCAGGAUGGAUGCUGUAUCUGAUGUGCUAACUGCUGUGAAGGAGCAUUGGAUUAUUACGUCAUUGCUGCUGGUCACUGUUCUUAUGUAUUGGCAUUAUGUAGUAAAUUUCACUGCACUGAAGAAGCUCGGAAUCCCAGGGCCUACGCCCUUACCUCUGAUUGGUAACAGCAUGACAUUCAUUUGGAAUAGCAAAACGGUUCAUAAUUUCUUUUGCGAUGCUGGGAAGAAGUAUGGUAGUAUAUAUGGGCUAUACUUUUUGAAACAACCAAUGAUCAUUGUAGCGGAGCCUGAAAUCAUAAAGCAUGUCCUGGUUAAGGAAUUUGAAAAAUUUCACGACCGACCGAAAGGUGGACUGGAGUUUCCAGAGCCACUAAAAAGCAUAAUGUCUGAGGUCAAAGGUCAAAGGUGGAAGGACAUUCGCAGUAUUAUGACCCCUGCCUUCACCUCUGGCAAACUCAAAGGCAUGAUGUACAUUAUGAACGAAGCUGGGGAUACUCUUCUAAAGAAAAUAGAAAAAGCAGCGGCAGAAAAGCAAGCAGUCGAUAUUCACGAAUGGCAGCAGUCAGUAACGAUGGAAGUGAUUCUUUCAGCCGCUUUUGGAACUCUUUCUGAAGCACAGACAAACCCAAACGACAAAGUCACGACUUAUGCCAAGGAUGCAAUGUCUCCAAGGCCAUGGCCAUAUAUUGCUCUGAUGGUGCCAUUUAUCGGGAAGAAAAUAUCCAAGUCAAUAAUGUUUUCCCGCUUCGGAUUCAACUGGUAUCCGAUGAUAGAUAUUGCAAAGAAGAUACUCAAGCAAAGGCGACAAGUUCAAGGGACAACAAGAAAUGAUGUGCUGCAAAACAUGCUGAAAUCCCAGCACCCCGAGAAAAAGGGUCAUCAGCUUACAGAGAAUGAACUAAUCGCCCAAAUGGUUCUAUUCCUACUAGCUGGGUACGACACUUCAAGCAAUGUUCUUUGUCUUACUUGCUAUCACCUUGCUUUAUACCCAGAAAUCCAAGAUAAAGUGUACGAGGAGGUCAUGCGUAUUUGUGAAUCAAAAGACACGACUACAUAUGACGAAAUUAAAGAAAUGGUUUAUUUGGAAGCUUGCAUUUCAGAAACACUACGUCUUUACCCACCAGGGUUGUUGGCUAACCGCACUAUUGACGAAUCUUGUGUCAUAAACGGUGUUCAUUUCAAACAAGGCAUGGGCGUCCUCAUACCGAUUUACGCCUUGCACCGGGAUGAAAAAUACUGGCCCGAGCCUAACGAUUUUAAACCGGAGAGAUUUCUUCCAGAGAAUAAGGAAUCUAUCAACCAAUUCACUUAUUUGCCUUUCGGCGAUGGUCCCCGAAACUGCAUUGGAAUGCGAUUUGCGCAGAUGGAGAUAAGGACUAUCCUUGUCAGAAUGCUGCAGAAGUAUCGCAUGGUGCGUGGUCCUGAGACGCCGGUGCCUUUGAAGGUCCAACCAAGAGCCGUGCUAUCACCAGCUGAGCCAGUCUUGAUACGAUUUGAGAAAAGAGAGUAGACUUGAACGCGAAGAGGUUGGAUUGUAACACAAAGGAACUAUAUAAUUUUUACUUUAGCUCAAGAGCACUGUGAUAAAUAUAUGAACACUUGGUUGAUUUUGAUUCUCAAAUGUAAAGCCUUUGCAAAUAAGUUGCAUUGCAGUUGAAUGCACUCAGAAGAUAGCUUUUUGUGUGCUUUGUAGAAAAUGUUUGUGCUAACCAAGGAGAAGAAAUUCGAAUCUUAUGCUGAUCUCCUUGCAAAUAGGGACGUGUUCAAAAAUACGUUUAUCGUAUCCGAGCACUUUGAAAAAAAGGUUUCAACAAUGAACUAUCUUAAUCCAUGUUAUAUUCAAAAUAAACAUAUGCUAGUGGUAGAUAUAAUGAGAUCUGGUCUAUUUUAGCAUGAUUGUGUUUAUUUUCAGCAUUUUUUAUUCUUCUGUGACACCCCAAAAUCGUAGCUCAAUAGGAAUUUGCAGGUAAAAUCCGUGCGUUGGAAGAAAUGUUUUGGGUAAUUCAGAAGAGCCUUUAACUUCGUAAAAUCAAUAAUAAGAAUAUCAAGCAUAAGAAAACAGUGUGAGAUUCCCCAAGGCUCUUGUUUGCAGCCACUGCUUUUUAUCAUUUACUUGAAUGAUUUUGAGCACCGUCUCAAACACCCAAGAGCCAACACGCAUGCAGAUGAUACUGAGAUUACAAUAUCCUCAAAUAACCAAACAGUGGUAAUAAAGACAACACAAGCUGAGCUACCAAACAUCAUAAAAAGGAUGAGGACUAACAAACUUAGUCUCAACCCCAGUAUAACAGAGUAAAUAAUUAUGUAUCAUCCUCGUAGAAGAAAAAUAGAAGAAUCAAUUCCGCAACUUUAAAUAAACCAAGAUUUCGAAACAAAAUUUCUCGUGGUACAGUAGCAGUUGACGAUACCUUAGGUUAGGAAGAAUAGUUCACAGGCCUCCUAGCAAUAAAAAGGCAUCCUCCCACAAUAAAUGCUUUUCAAGUAUGCAAAACCCUUGAUGUGGGUCAUCCUCGCUAUGCUGACUUGUCGAACACCAAAGUAACAGCCUUUCAGAGGCUGCAAAAUCGUGCUGACUCUCCAAUUGAACCUACAUUUAGCAUCUAUCAGAUGUUCCUAAUUGACUAGAUGUUCUUGGGUGAAUUGGGUGGCAUUUUUUAGCUUUAUUAGCACAGAACACCGGCAUCCUCCAAAGAAGAAUCAUCCAUAAUCAACGAACGGCGAUGGAGAGGAUCAUCCUGAAAAUGAAGAUUGCAUUUGGCCAACUCAGCUUGAAAGAUGGUUUGAAGGACAAGUGGCCUUAAACCAAUCAAUUGCUGAAAAAUGAAGGUUUUUGCCGUGCUUCUUCUUCUUGGGAUCGUGGUCAGUGCGUUCGCUGACCCGGUACAACUUGAUGACGACUCCGCAGAGAGCGUAGACCUCUUGGCCGACGAAGGAGAUGCGCCCGAUGAGAAUGGAGCUGUUGAUGAGGAUCCUGCAAGUGAAGACAACACUGAGGCCAACGAUGAUACAGAAGGAGAUGUAGAGGAAGAUACAGAAGAAGACCCCAAGGAAGUCGAGUCUGACAAUGUCGAAGACACAGAGCUGACUGACGAACAAGAGGACCCAGCUCAUAGAAGAACACGUCUGUGUUCUGUGCGCCGUUCACAUAACUGCUACUAUUACAGAAGAUGGUCCAGCUUGAGUAGAAGACGCUGCUCAUGCCCUCGCUGCCCAAGACGUUAUCUUAGAAGGUGCGCUAGAAAGUUCCGCAAGUGCUCUGGCCAUGGCCGUCGACGACGCUGUUACAACGUGGCACGUUGCUUCUGCAAACGUGUUGUAAAUUAUUGCAAGUUUGGCUAUUGUAUCCGACGUAGAGUUUGCAGAAGAGUUGGCAAAACAAUCAGAUGUUUCUAUCUACCAUGUCCUUGCAGGUGUCGCAGAGGAUACACACGUCGUUGCUUUCGCAAUCGAUGCGUUUGCAGAAGGCAACCUGUAAGGUAUUGCAGAUCGAACAAGUAUAACCCUUGUUGGCGCAGAGUUUGCAGGAUUGUACCUCUCAGAGUUUGCAAGAAAUUCGGCAAGUGGCGCAGAAGAGUUUGCUGGAUGACCAGGAGGCUCAAAUGUUUCGGUGUCCGCGGAUGUCUUUGCAAGUGUCGCAGAGGAUACAUACGCAGAUGCUUUUUCCAUUACUGCAAGUGUAGCCGCCACAGAGGUUGAUCAAUUUACAGUUCCUGGUGCCAGAUGCUUGCAUCAACGAUGAUAUCAGAAAUUUCUGAACAUUUUUUGUAUCUUUACUUUCACAACGUUUUUGCACUUUACAUUCACACACAGUAAAUGAACAGUAAAUAAUUGCCUAUUUCUUUUAUUGCAUAUCUUCUUGAAGCUAUCUGAACAUGAUAAUGGACGAUCUUCAGGGGUGUAAUGGUAGGCAAAACCUCGUCCUCAGCAGAAAUUUUCUUCGGAUAAGUUAAGGUGUCCAAAAAAUUUUAAAUCACAUGGACAAAUUGCUCUAUAACCUCGAGGUCUAAGAGGUAAAACACUUAUAAAAAAUGCAACAAAAUGACUUCAAGAAAUACUGCAAAAAAGCAUUUCCAAAACUGUCUGCUUUGUUCACAAAGGACCAACUCUUUUUAUUUUGUCGCAAGCCCUCCAAAAUCUUUCGACGAUCUUGAAUACACGUUAUACCUUGUUCUAAAGACUAUGUUUAUACACCAUUAGCAAGGACUAAAUAAUAACAUCCACUAGAUGAUGAAAUCGUGUAUUUUCCACUGAAGAAGACAACGAAACUGAGCAAAAAAUGCAAAAAUAAAGAAAAAGAUAAAAACAAUAGAAUUGAACGAUUAGCCAAUUUUCCUUAUGGGCCCUGCUCAAAAAUCAUAUAUUUUCAGCAACAUGUGCAGUGAUAAACUUUAUGUGUGUAUGCAUGUUUGCAUGUAUAAUUUGCCACACUAAACGUAUUUACAAGUUACAAAGGUUAAAGCGGUUAUAAUACAUUAAUUUACAUUAAAAACAAAAGACGAACACCCCUAAUUUCAGUGGCAAGGAUAGCAUUAAAUGGUCUAGCUGACCAUAACGAUCUCCCUUAGAGCUGCUGGUUUAACAGGUAAAAGAGACGACGGGAAAAAGGUUGAUACAAGAAUCUGUUACUGCUGUUAGUUACAAACCGCCCCUUAGUAGUAGACAUAUAUGCCAUCUUCCCUUUUACUAUGUUUUGGAGAAAAUUCUCUUAUAUCUUAUGUUUGAAGCUGUUGAUAUUGGAAGUUAAUUUUAAUACUGAUGGAAGACUAUUCCAUAUUUUGGGUCUUAGGUAGGAUGGGCAUGUUUGUCCAGUAUUGCUUUUUCGAAAUGGUAGGUCUAGUUUAAACUUUGAUUUUCGCGUAGUUCGGUACUGGUUGAUCGGAUAAAAUGUCUCAGAACUGUACGCUGCUGGGGCCGUUCCUUUGAAAAUUUCAUAUUGUGGAAACAGAUACAUUGGUCUAUCCUGUUCUUUGUUGGGAGCCAAUUUAUAGCCUUGAAUGCCGUGAUUCCAAUAUGUGCGGUGUUUUUUAGAUUGAGAAAAAAACGAAUGCAUUUGUUUUGUGCGGCCUGGAUUUUUUUGGACAGCCUGUUAACCAACCCAGGAUACCAGGAAGAAAAGGCAUAAUCGAAAUGAGGUUAAAUAAGAACAUUUAAAAACAACCUGCAAAGGGGCUUAUCCAGGUACUUUUGCUUCCUGUACAGAAAUUUUAGCUUGCCUUUUAUUUUGUCAAACACCCUACUUGCCAUUGAUGCCCUAGAACGGUUUUCAUCCAGAACACAUCCUAGAUACGUGAACACAUCCUAGACUAGUCAGCUAUUGUAUUAAAUAGCCUGCUUCCAUAGAUUGAUAAAUGAUUUUAAAGAGACAGACACAUUCACUAAAUUACAUUUCAGCUGACUUAAGAUUCAGAAAAUAUAAAAAAAACAUAUUGAUGACAGGAGCAGCAAAAAUAUUAGGGCAUUUAAUUUUUUUUAGUAUUUUGACUGGGUGUUUCAAAUGUUACUGAAUUUAGUGAAUGGGCAAGAAAACGUUACAUUUGUCACCAAAAUGCUCCCACCCCUGUACCCGGCAUUAGAACUGACAACUCCGUUAGUGUUGUUGGGUUCCUUUACGUAAAUUGUCUUCGUUCGCUCACUUUUUGGCUAGGCCCCCCCCCUCUUUUUGAUAGAAGAGCCCUGUCGAUGCUCUUGGUCUAGACUAACUAAAGCUGAAAUAACAAACAUAUUGGAUAGACACUAUUGUCUUAGAACAAUUGAUCUCACAUUACUCCUUUUGUCGACUCAGUUCUGGAACCCUUCCAGAAAACUACGUUCUGCCACGGAAAGCCAAAGUUGAGUCAGGACGAAGUUCAGAUUAAAGAACCCAAAAAGAGCAGUCAAAGAUGGAUUCUGUAUAUGAUGUGAUAACUGCUGUGAAGGAGCAUUGGAUUAUUACAUCAUUGUUGCUCUUCACUCUUCUGAUGUAUUGGCAUUAUGUAGUAAAUUUCACGGCACUGAAAAAGCUCGGCAUCCCUGGGCCCACGCCCUUACCGCUAAUUGGCAACAGCAUGGUAUUUGUUGGGAAAAGAAAAGAACUACACACUUACUUUUGCGAAGCUGGAAAAAAGUAUGGUAGCAUUUAUG